CGGGGCGGGGGAGGGAUGGGGACGUGCGUGUCGAGGCCGAGCGCGUGCGUGGGGAAGCCCCACACGCCGCGGUCUGGGGAGGCGGCGCGGGCGGGCGGGGCGAGGAGGCGGAGGCGGAGGGGGAAGGCGGGGAGGAGGAAGGCGCCGUCCCGCGCCGCGUCGAUGGAGACCAUCCAGGAGGGCGACGUGCCCCCCGGCUCCCCCCCGCCGCCGCUCGCCGCCUCGUCCGGUGCCGGGGAUCACCGGACCUACAGCAACCCCGCCUUCCAAGUUUCCGGGAGCAUUGAGGAGGCAUGGUACGACUCGUUUGCCAUGAGCGAGUCGGACGGGGAGGACGAUUUCCACAGCGUGCAAGAUGAUGCUUUUUCACUGAAUGGGUAUGAGAACGAUGCGGCAUUGAGCACGAGGGAUGCCAAUGGCGGGAGCUUCAACGGAAGUGCGCAUUCAUCUGAGCAGCACUACAGAAAGCCAAGGUCCAGCGAGCUGUCAAGGGGGAAUUUGGAGAAUGGGGUGAGGUCGUCUGUGAGCCAUGAGGAUGUGGCGAGUGUUUCAGCUGAUGAUAGCGCACAUGGUGGAGGAAGGAUACUGGACGAUUGUGGCCUCCUGCCACACAACUGUUUACCUUGUAUUGCCUCCGCUGUUGGUGUAAACGAGAAGAAGAGACCUCUUUCCACAAGCCCAACUCAUUCCAUGAAGAUGCCCUCCUUGAAGCUCUCAUUCAAGAAGAGGUCUGGAGAAGCUCAUCCUUCUUCCACGCUAUUGUCUACAAAGGAUUUCCUUGAAAGGCCUCUAGCAGGUUCUCAAGUUCAGUUAUGCUUACUUGAAAAGAAAAUACUGAACAGCUGGUCUCAUAUUGAUCCUGGUACUUUCCGAGUCCGUGGGUCAAACUAUUUUAGGGAUAAAAAGAAAGAGCUCGCUCCAAAUUAUGCAGCGUACUACCCAUUUGGAGUUGAUGUAUACUUGUCACCGCAAAAACUCAACCAUAUAUCCCGAUAUGUUCAACUUCCUGAUAUUCAAAUCUCCAGUAAACUCCCACCUCUUUUGGUGGUCAAUGUACAGGUUCCACUAUAUCCUGCCUCAUUAUUCCAAAAUGAAAUCGAUGGAGAAGGGAUGAGCUUUGUUUUGUAUUUUAGGCUCUCCGAUGCUUACUCAAAAGAACUGCCCCCAUCAUUUAUAGAGAAUAUCAGAAAAUUAGUUGAUGAUCAUGUAGAAAAGGUGAAAGCAUUUCCGAUGGAAACAACCAUACCAUUUCGAGAACGGCUGAAGAUUCUUGGCCGGGUGGCAAAUCUGGAGGACCUUCCGUUAAGUGCAGCAGAGAGGAAGCUAAUGCAUGCAUACAAUGAGAAGCCAGUGCUUUCUAGACCUCAGCACGAGUUUUACCUGGGUGACAACUACUUUGAAAUUGACAUUGACAUGCAUAGGUUUAGCUACAUCUCAAGGAAAGGUUUCGAAACAUUUUUGGACAGGCUAAAAAUAUGCAUGCUAGAUGUUGGUCUAACCAUUCAGGGAAAUAAAGCUGAAGAAUUGCCUGAGCAGAUCUUGUGCUGUGUUAGGUUGAACGGGAUAGAUUACACAAAAUAUAAGCCACUGAUGACACAUGGGGCCUGAACUUGGAGCUUACUAUAACAAGCUAACCAAAAUUUGGUUACUGUGAGGUAGCCAAAUUAGCGAAGGCACGUUGCGGUUUCUGACCACCAGAAACCAUAAUGGAAUUUUUAGUCCCUGUGUAGAAGUGCCAUCAUCUGAGCACGUGGAAUUGCACGCAAGUAACAUGGACAGAGGCAGUGUCACAUGUAAAUCUGUAUAUCAUUGCAUGAGCUCCACUGGCCUCUGCUGUUGCUAAUCAUGAUUCUAGAUUUUUAGUAAAUAUCACUAAUUUCCCUUUGAAAGAGUAGGUUUAGGUGUACUUCGAACUUGUGCAGGAUUUAUGGUGAAUAUCCGUUGUUUCAGUUAUACAUCAAUAGUGUAGAAUAUGAAUCUGGGAGCACUGUAUUACCUCACAUGAAAAAAGUGGUUCCCACCUCAGAAAGGAAAAUAAACUAUGGGUACGCAUGAUCGUGUGCAGUAUAAAUGAUGUUAAAAUAGUAUUUGUGCUGCAAAAACUCCCUAAUCCUAGACCGGAAACGUUGCAAUAAAGGAGAGAAUAUUUU